AUGCAACGAAUGGCAGGAGCACUCGCUCGAAACAAGUUUAAGAGUUUUGAAAUUGAUGGAUCACUAAUGCGACUUGUUUACACUUCUCGUUAUGAUCCAAAUCAACUUGAUGGCUCAGAUUUCACGAACAUUGGCCAAGUUUCCAUUCAACAUAAUUCUUCCACGAAUAUUUCUGGAUUGUUGUUGUGUUGUGACGGUGUAUUUUGUCAAAUUCUUGAAGGAGAACCCGAAGUGGUUUAUACCUUGCUGAAUGACAAGAUUGCCAAAGAUCAGAGACAUUAUGGAAUUGUCGUUGUGAAAGAAGAGCAUGGCGUGAAGGAGUAUGAAAGGUUGUACUCGGAUUGGGCCAUGAAAACUGUUGAUUUGGUUCAUUGUUACAAUUAUUUAGCUCAAUUUAUGAGAACAAUUAUUGAAGCAGCGUCAAAACUUGAAUGUUUCCAACAUCGAUUUGAUAUGAGUGAACAAGAAGCAAUGGAAAUCAUUUGUAAUAGUAUGAAGAUGCAUACAUCGUCCACUAAAUGA